CUGCAUUGCAGAUAUUUGCAGCUCAGAAUUGAGGAUUUUGCAUUUGUUUCUUCAUUUUAGUUCCUGAAGCCUUAUUGAAUAGAUUCAUAAGACAAUGCAGCUGGAUUUACAUUGUUUUAAAUUCUAGAUAAUUUAGUCGGUCCAAAAACAGAACACAUAUUUCUAUUAAAAAAAAACUGUUUACCAUUGUGAUCCUUACAUAACUCUUCCAAGAGUGUUCAAUUGACUAACAAGAUCUGGUGGUUUCAAGUGGAAACUGUUAUCCAUGAUGUGGCAGAGAUGGUCAAAAUUUUCCUUCAGCCAUGCCUGGUGCAGGAUGCCACAAAUUGACCAAGUUGUUAUUUCAUCUUUGAAGCUAGAGGAGUUUCAGAAAAAUCAGAUGAUGUUUAUGUUAUAUUGUCAAGUCAUGGACAAGUGUGAACCAGGAUAAAUUUAGAAAAGUUUUUCCUUGAAAUUUAGGUCCAGUACUCAAUCAUUUCUUUGCCGCAGGAAUAUCAUGGAGCUUAUGUGCUCUUCCUGGUUGAUGGACUGGGCUCUACCUUUCCUGCCUGAGCCCCACCUCAUCUCUUGUCCAUCUCCAGGAGUUCACAGUCCACCAUGGCAUCUGUUCACUUGGAAACGACCACCUCGUGACUGAUGUCUUACUUUUACGAUCAACAUUGCACCCUCCUCCCCUGCCCGAUCACCAUUUCCUCGCCAAUCCAACCAUGCCAAUCUUAUGGUCGGCUGGAGAAGAGUGGAGGUUGCACCACCAAUUCUUUGAUGCACCAUGAAUGUUUGGAUUAUUGUAAUGUGACGUCGUUUAGUUCGACAUAUACAAGGGUUUGCAUUUGUCUACAUGGAGGAUGAACGUGAUGCUGAAGAUGCUAUCCAUAGACUUGAUGGAACUGAAUUUGGCAGGAAAGGAAGGAGAAUCAGAGUUGAGUGGACAAAGGAGGAUCGCAGUGCUGGUCGAAGAGGCGGCUCGAGGAGAUCCCCAAACAAUGCAAGACCAACCAAAACCUUGUUUGUGAUAAACUUUGAUCCAAUGAACACAAGAACUAAAGAUCUGGAGAGGCACUUUGAAAAAUAUGGCAGGAUCGCCAAUGUCAGAAUCAAAAAGAACUUUGCCUUUGUCCAGUUUGAGGUUCAGGAGGAUGCUACUAGGGCACUGGAGGGUACUAAUGGAAGCACUCUGAUGGACAGGGUCGUCUCUGUUGAGUAUGCACUUCGUGAUGAUGAUGAAAGAGGGAAUGGAUACAGUCCAGACAGUAGAGGUCGUGAGAGAUCCCCAGGUAGAAGGCGGUCUCCCAGUCCUUAUGGCGGAGGACGGGAGAGGGGUAGCCUGGACCACAGCCGAGGCAGGGAGAGGGGGAGCCCAGACUACGGCAGGGGAGGUGACAGACAUAGCCCUGAUUAUGGCCGUGGAGGAGGCCCAAAUGGUGGUGGCAGAGGUGAUGAGGGGGGCAGCCCCAACUAUGACCGUGAGCGCCGUGAAGCUAGUCCACGUCGUGAGCGCCGUGAAGCUAGUCCUCGUCGUGAGCGCCGUGAAGCUAGUCCUGGCUAUGACAUGCCCCCCAGCCGCUCGCCUGCAAUAGGAGAGAGAGAUUAAAGUGUUGAACCCACCCGCUACUGAUGAAUGCGCGAGCUAGUGUCAUGUUAAAGUUGGUGAUGUUAGGCAGCAGAAAACAUUUGUACUAUCUCUGUUAGCUUUAAUUUUUCCCGUUUCACUAUGAAGCAACUCCGGAAUGCACACUCAUGUGUCGACUAGUAUCUUUCGGUACUCGGCAGAACUUUGUUAUUGCCGUAUUUCUAUUUCUACCUUGACUCUGGCGUUACUGGUGAAUGUCUAGAUUGCUU